GUGUCUCGGGUCGAGAACCAGAUUAUUGCAAGGCUGGGAUAGACUUGGCGCGGCGCGGAAUGCAAAUGAGAUGUUUAGGGUUCGAUGCGCUUUUCGUUAGGCCAAAGAUUCGUCGUGCGAUACAGGAAUACCAGACUCAACUUAUCGAUUCGGUAAAGGAGGACAUUAAGCACUUGCACGACAAAUUUCAAACCCAAUACCGCUUCUCCGAAGCCUACCACAUGGCUCAAAUGCGGGACCUACCCCCAAUAGCAGGAGCCAUCAUCUGGGCCCGCCAAAUCGAACGACAACUCUUCACAAUAUGAAACGCGUCGAAGACGUCCUCGGAAAAGGCAGAAGGUCAAAAACUCCAAUCUAAAUCCUCAGCAUUCCGCAAAAAAACUAGACACCCGACCAUGGCUGCACGACAUCAACUGUCGGGACAUGGGCGUUGGAGGGCGUUUAUUCGAGAUUGUCCGUUUGAGCCGAGGAAGGGGGCUCCAGUUGGCGGUAAAUUUCGAUCCGCAGAUUAUUACCCUCUUCAAAGAGGUCAGGAAUUCUUCCAGGUUCCGCAUGCGAUUACGAAUAUGGCGAGGGUUUAUCCGCAUGCUGUUAGUUUGAUGGAGACUGUGAGGAUGUAUGGACGACGUUGGAUCUGGUGGAGAAGAAUAGGGGAAUUGAAUGGUUGGUGGCGGAGUACAGGAACGAGUCGCAGAGGAUGAUUGGGGAAGGGAUGAACAUCCGCUGGGGUCACUUUGUAAAUCAGUAUGAUACGACGUGAUAUGUGUCUAGUGCAGAUGGGAGAGAUAAUCAGCAUAUACAGGGAGUUUGCGAGCGUCAUUUCUGUGCUUCCGGACGAAACGAACAAUGUGAUUGACCUUUACAAGGACAUCCUACACCCAGUGGAAGACCUCUCGAGGUGCUCGUAUACCUAUGAAGCGUUCUCAAAGUUACUGGGCAAGUUGCAGGCUGCCAUUGACCGCCUGAACCUGGAAGGAUACGCCAACCUCGAACACUGGGUUGCAGAUCUAGACAAGCGGAUCCAGCGGAUCCUUCUCCAGAUGCUGACGCAUACCAUUCAAGUGUGGUGUGCCGAGUUUGAUGGGGUCGAUGAUGGCGAUGCUCGGAGAGAUUUGCUGCCUGUUAGGCAUGUUGCGAGUAAGAGGCGGGGGGAUAAGCGGAUGAAGGAGGAGAAGUUCAUGGAGGGGAAUAUGACGCUGAAGCCUAUCGUUCACGAGUACCAGGAUGUAGAACCAGGUCAUCUUUUUGGACCCGCCUAUAGAGUACGCGAGGUUUUCGCGGAUCAAGCAGUUGCAUAAUUGGAUUGGUGUUAUUUGCAGACCGAGGAGAGUCCAGAGUUCUCGGUAUGAGAUUGGGCAGAUGCAGGGAGCGUCAUCUGCAGAGACGACGUACACGUUAUUGCUGACCCGCUUCACGGACAACACUCUCAAACGCCCCUUCGCCCUAAUCAAACGUAAAGUCCAACAACUUAUAGACUACGUCGGCAAAUGGCUCCAAUUCCAGUUCCUCCGGGACCUCGAGGCCAAAUACGUGUUCAACAGCCUCGGGGACUCACUCGCGAACUGGCCGCAGCUUCUCACUGAAAUCAAGAAAGCGCGGUCGACGUUUAAUUCGUCUGAUACGCAGAUAUCGUCUGGGAUGUGCGUCAUUGAUUAUGAGCAGGUGCAGGCGAGGGUAUAUGACGCGGGACAGAGGGAUAUAUUGAGUCGGUUUGGAGUCAAGUUGGGGAAUGCGAUGAAGGAGAUGCAUGCGUCGGUUUUGAAGGCCCGGAAUGACCUUGAGCAUCAUUCAAUAGAGAGGGGUUGCAACGUUGAUGGGGGAGGUCUUCCUGUGAGGCGUUCCAGUGGUCCGUCAGUCUUUUUUCGCUUCUGUUCCGUCUCUUAUAACCACUAUAUAUCACACACGCACUCCUUAACUCUUAUGACGCAUCGCAUAUGUACUCUUCUCUUUUCGUAA